AGGUGUUACUGCUUAGUGCCUGUGCCUCAGUGAGGACCCAGACGAGAUGCAGAACGACGCUGGGGAGUUCGUGGACCUUUAUGUCCCUCGGAAAUGCUCUGCUAGCAACCGAAUCAUUGGUGCCAAGGAUCAUGCUUCCAUUCAGAUAAAUAUUUCUGAGGUUGACAAGGUGACAGGCAGAGUGAAUGGCCAGUUCAAGACAUAUGCCAUUUGUGGCCCCAUCCGGAGAAUGGGGGAAUCAGACGACUCCAUUCUGCGCCUGGCAAAAAAUGAUGGAAUUGUUUCCAAGAACUUCUAACUGAAGAAACUCCAGUAUGGGCCACGUGAUAUGAAAUAAACACUUAACAUCUA